AGGUUCGACGAAUAAAGGAAGAUCUUCCUUCAACAUCAAUGGUGCGUGCACGAGGUCGCGGACGUGGGCAACCUAUGGGUGGCGAACCCCCCCGACGAGAGCAGCGCCUUGACGACGUGGAGGUGAUAACAGAUCUACAGCGGCAGAACGAGAUUAUGCGGCAGCAAAUCGCAGAACUCACGCAGCGCCUGGCGGUGCGAGAUUUGGAGGAUCAUGAGGAGUCAGAUCAGGGCUCCCAAUCAUCGUUUGAGAACCCGUAUCAUCGCGAACCUCGCAGACGUGAUUUUCGCGUCCGUGAUGACUAUCGCGGAGGGUUAGGGUUUAAGGUGGAAAUCCCUAGUUUUUCAGGAACCCUGCAGGCCGAUGAUUUCAUUGACUGGCUGAAUGAGGUGGAUCGUAUCUUCGAGUAUAAGGACGUUCCAGAUCGUGACAAAGUGAAGCUUGUGGCGAUCAAACUCCAUGGACGAGCCUCUGCAUGGUGGGAACAGAUGCGGCGAACUCGUGAGAAGAAGGGUAAGCCAAAGAUCAAUGAUUGGGAGAAGAUGAAGGUUGAUUGCCCGCAACGAUCUAUAUCGGAGGAGCAGCUUGUGGCCCGAUACAUGGCAGGCUUGCGUCGGUCCUUGCAGGAUGUUCUCAACCUCCAUUCAUUAUGGACUGUUUUUGAGGCAUACAAAAGGGCCCUUGCAGUUGAGAAGCAGCAGAACAGGAAGCCGGUGACCAACAACCGUCCGGCUCGACCCCAAGAGCCUCGACUGACCACACAGGGAGUCCAAGGGACGCAGGGAGCUUCGAGUAGUACGAUUAAGUGCUAUUGUUGUGGUGAACCUGGACAUAGGGCGAAUGGAUGCAAGAAACCCGCUCUACAGAAGAGCAAGAGCCUGUUUGUGGAGGAGAACAUCGUUGUUGACGAUGAUGAAGUUGAAGAGUUUGGAGGUCCAGCCUAUGAUGAUUAUGCAGAAGAUGAUGUUCUUUAUGGGGAUGGUCGAGAGAAUUUGGUUGUGCGCAAGAGUCUUCUGGCCCCAAAGGAUGAUUCUAAAGAUGAUUGGUUGAGGACAAACAUCUUCCACACAACCUGCACCAUUGGAGGAAAAACUGAUGGGCAGACGGAGGUGGUGAACCAUAGCUUGGGAAAUCUUCUACGUUGUUUGGCAGGAUCUAAGCCAAAACAAUGGGAUUUGGCGCUUUCCCAAGCGGAGUUUGCCUACAACAGGUCAAUAAACAGGACCACUGGAUUGAGCCCAUUUCAGAUUGUCUUGGGUCAGAACCCAUCCGGGGUGUUGGACUUGGCCCCAAUUCCACGAGUGGGUCGCAGUCAUCCUAGAGCCGAAGAGAUGACAGAGAACCUGAGGAGCAUACAUGAUCAGGUGAGACGUAAGAUUGAAGAAAGCAACAACAAGUACAAGGCACGGGUGGACAAACAUCGACGUCAAGUUCUGUUUGAUGUUGGAGACUUUGUUUGGGCUGUGUUGACCAAGGAUCGAUUCCCUGUUGGCGAGUAUGAUAAACUCAAGGAUCGGAAAAUUGGACCCUGCGAGAUAGUUCAGAGGAUCAAUGAUAAUGCUUACCGAUUGCGGCUUCCCAGUCACUUGAAAACUUCUGAUGUUUUCAAUGUGAAGCACCUAACUCCUUGUUUUUUGGAUUCUAAAGAUGAUGAUGUGAACUCGAGGACGAGUUCUUUCCAACCCGGGGAGACUGAUGCAGGAGAGGAUCAAGACUAACGUGAACUCUUUGUUAAGGCCUUCAUUUUUAAAUUUGUGUCUUUGGGCCUUCGGCCUAUCUUUUAGUUAGCCCAUUUAUUUUUAUUCUUAGGCCCGUUUUGUCUUCCAUCUUUUAGGGUUUCACUCCCUUCGUUUUUCAGCUAUUUAUAGCCCGGCUUGUGGGCAUAUUUCAGGCAGACCAUCAUUAUUCGAGAAUAUUUCAAACCUAGAGCGGAACUCUUCCCCUAGCGUUUCAAUCUUUCCCUUUCUUUCGUUGUUCUUCUCGUUCUAGCCCUACGCCUUGAUUUAAUUCGGCGUCACAUUCCCUAGCUUAGCUAACACAUGUGUAUGUGUACGCAUGAAAAAUUAAGGACAAGCCCAAGGAAAUAAAGAAAUUGUUGAAUGGAAG